CGCGACCUAUCCGUCCUUGUCGCCCACUUCUGAUCAGAUCACACCACCCAUGCUGGAGCAACCACCUUCAUGCAUCUCUGCAUCCGCCCAGGUAAAUGCUUCCAAUGCUGUGGGCAACACUCCCUUUCAAUCACAACCUCCGCCCGCCUUGCAGCCCAAGGUGCAAGCAGCAUUCGUUAACAAGCUUUACGCCAUGGUUGAAGAGCCUACGAUACAGCAUCUUAUUUCAUGGACAACGUCCGGAGAAACGUUUGUGGUCAAGGAAGUUACCGAAUUUUCCAAGUGCUUGAGCCAUUUUUUCAAACACAACAACUGGCAGAGUUUCGUCCGGCAAUUGAACAUGUACGGGUUCCAUAAGGUGAAUGACAUGUUCCAUCAAAACUCGUCCACAGAGUCCACGGUAUGGGAAUUCAAGCACCCUAAUUUCAAACGAGGAGGCGUGGAUGCUCUGCAAGGCAUCAAACGCAAGUCUUCUCGCCAGCCGCUCGUACACCGAGAUUCGUAUUCACAUCAAAACUCGAAUGGAUCCUCGGCAUUGCCAACGCCGGUAAUGGAGUUAGGUGGCCCGGGUGGGUAUAUGGAUGCAACAGUGCCGGAUGAGCAAGCAGCACGAAGUGAUCACACUGUCCAAAUGCUCUCGGAGAGAGUUGCCAUCCUGGAAGACAACUACAAUGCACUACUUAGUCAAUCACACGCCGUGAGAUCGGCUUUGCAGUCUUACGAACAGCUUCAAUCUGGUUUGAUUGGUUUCAUCGCCGCGCUUACGGAUGCACACAAAGCCGACGGCCUGCUGCAUCGUGAUGUGAACGAGCUGCAUAUGGAAUUGGAGAAGUUUCGGCAUACAGUGGCAAACAUCACAUCGGACAUGAGUCAACGUGCCUAUUCACAGGCAGAUAUUUAUCGCCGAAGAUCAACUAUGUAUGGUUGGCAGCCUCCAGAACGGCCGAGCAUUAGCGACAUGUCGACGAUAAGCAGUACAUCCAGCCCGCAAUCUUACCAGCGAUUUCACCCCCAUCAACGGGAUAGCUAUACGUCGAGUGCCCGUCCUUAUUUGCCUCCGAGGAGCGACAGUCUCCAGCACAUGUCGUAUCCUGGGUAUAGCCCCUUCGCAGGAAUGCCUCGUCCGUCUCCACCACAUCCACUGCAUCGCAAUUCUUCGGGAGAAUUGAGAAAUCUCCAGCAGUAUAGAUGGCGGGAGCCUUCCAUCGUGGUUCCGCCAAACAUGCCUGACAGUCACGACGCACAGCAUGUGCGCAUAGCGGCACCUUUAACUCAGCCGCGGCCUCCGCUGACCUCCGAGGGCCCUCCACCGCCAUUACCGGACGAAAGCGAACCAGGGCGGUCAAACUCUCGGGGUGCUAGCAUAGGCAGCGUUCACGCGCUGUUGAAUCCUCCCCAGGAGACACCAUCGGUAUCUGGGCCAGCGGACACGGAAGGAUACGACCAAAAUCGGAAGCGAAAACGGCAAUCAUUGGGCGGGGACGCGGGAGUAUAGAUAGGACAGGCCGGAGUUUAUCUUUUGGGAACAUUUAUUAUAGCUGUAAUACACACACCGAUACCUUACCUACCU